UAAUUUUUAAAGUCGAACCGAGAGGUCGGUCGGUCGGUCGGUCAGCAGCGAAACGCGAACGAGAUCCCGGGCUCUCUGCGUCUGCGGUAGGAUAAUUAAGCGUGACGCGUGUGCGUAACAUAAAAAUAACCAUAAACCAAAUGCCAGCCAUCCAGUCGGCGAGCACAGCACUCGUGUCCAGUGAGAAGUGAAGUGAAGUGUAUCCGUAUCCGAGUCGAACGGAAAGGAAACGAAAGACGAAACGAAGGUUAACUAAAACCAAAAAUUCGAAAUUCCUUUUCAAAAUCGAGGAACAAAUAAAAGAAGAGCACGCACACCGGUUUUGUGCGAGAGAAAAAAAAGACCAAGGGCCAAGACGAAUCAUAAAAGCAAAAAAAAACUAAGCCCCAAAGGAAUUCUUCCCCUCGCGAGAUGAACGGAAGGCGAUUGUUGGGCUGCUGCCUGGCUCUGAGCCUGAUCUUCUGUUGUUGCGCCUCCCCAGUGUCUUUGGUCGAUGUGAGCAUCUCAAAGGGUCCCCAAGCCGCGGUGACCGUCAAAGAGCAGAGCGGGCUACAGAUGCCCUGCCAAUAUCAGCUACCUGACGGGUAUCGCCAGAGCAGCAGCGUCAUCCUGCGCUGGCGCAAGGACAACAAGACCCUGCGUCAGGCGGAGCUGGGCCAGACAAGCAGCACCACCAGCGAGCCCCAGCUGGAGAGCAUGCUGCGCGAGGAUGCGAGACUCACGCUGAACAGGGAGACCGGAGCCCUGCAGUUUGCCAGCGUUCUGGCCAGCGAUGCGGGCAAAUACCAGUGCCAGUUGCUGGUCGAGGGAGAGAUGGCUGCCAGCUCUAGCAGCGGCAUCCUGGAGGUAAUCGAGCAGCUGAAGUUCGUGCCGCAGCCCACCUCGAAGAAUCUGGAGCUGGGCUCGCUGAGCAAAGUGCACUGCAAGGCUCAGGGAACGCCGCCGCCGCAAGUCAAAUGGAUGAGGGAGACCCAACUGCCGCUGCCGGCGAACGUGACCGAUCUGAAUGGCACGCUGAUCUUCAGCCAGGUCAGCAACGACCAGCGCGGACAGUACACUUGCUUUGCCUCGAACAGCCAGGGCCAGAUCAGUGCCACAGUGUCCAUCAGUGUGGUGGUGGCGCCCAAGUUCAGUGUGCCGCCAGAGGGGCCCAUUGAGGUGACCGAAUCGGGAACGGCCGUCAUCCACUGCCAGGCGAUUGGGGAGCCGAAGCCCACGAUUCAGUGGGACAAGGACCUCGCCUAUCUCAACGAGAACAACACGGACGGGGAUCGCUUCACUCUGCUGGAGAACGGCACUCUGGAGAUACGGAAUGUCCAGGCCGAGGACGAGGGACGCUAUGGUUGCACCAUCGGCAGCAGUGCUGGCCUGAAGCGUGCGGAUGUCCUGCUGGUGGUCAAGUCAGCCAAAUCGGCCUCCAAUUCAAUUGUCACCCGCAUCAUCAUUGUGAUCAUCUGCUUGGCCUUCCUCUACUUCGUUCUGGUGCUGGGCCUGAAGGUCUGGUACCGCUACCGCCGCCACCUGGGCAAGGUGCAGCUAGAGGAUGCCACCCAUGCGCCCACCUGCGACGGACACGAGCAUGCCGAGCAUGAGCCCUGCCUGACGGAGGCCAACAACUCCAGCAAGAACCUGAAGAGCAAGCUGCGGGAGAGCACCAUCCUGGAGCAGGAGUCGCAGGUGGCCGAUGACAUUGUCUGAGUGCGUUGCCUCCCUUUUGCUCCUUUUGCUUCUUUCAAUGAUCUCGUCCCCACCCAUCCUCCCCUCAAAUGUUACUCCAGUUUGUUGUUGAGUGUAAAAAAAACAAAAAUCUAAAAAGAAAAAAUCGAAAA